GACCACCUGUCCCUGCUCCUGAUUAGGCUUUGGCUCUCUGCCUUUCUCCCAGUGGGAGCCGUUUUUAGGAUCUGAGCUCAGCAGGGGCUCUGUAGCAGUUCCACUUUGUGGCAUUCCCUAAAAUCCUUUGGGGCUGUGAUGCUCAGGGAUAGGUUUGCACCUUCAACCUCCCCCCAGCUCCCCCACGUGUGGAUUUUACCAAAACCGAUACCCUUUCUGCCUUAAAAAAGGGAAAACGCAGCUUGAUCUGACUUCCCACUUUCCUUUCCCCAUAUCCCUGUAAAGCGGUGUCCUUGCGGCUCCUCUAUUCUCCCCCGCCUUCCCCUGUGCUGGAUGUGGGGCCACAGGACCCUCCCCGGGGUGCUUUGGGGACCGUGUCCCCGCCGUGGGCACUCGGGGCGGUCCCUCCCCGGCCCUUCCCCGCCCCGCGGCCCCCCCGCGCCAUGAUCGCCGUCUCCAUUCCCGCGGCGGAGCCCCCGGCGGCUUCGCGCAGCCCCGACAGGGCACACACGGUGUUCCAGGUGGAGGUGCUGUGCAAUGGCCGGCGGCACACAGUGACCAAGCGCUACAGUGAGUUCCAGGCGCUACACAAGCGGAUCAAGAAGACCUGCAAGGUGCCCGACUUCCCCCCGCGCCAUGUCCCCCACUGGAUGCCCAAAGCACUGGAGCAGCGCCGGCAGGGCCUGGAGCUCUACCUGCAGGGUGUCCUGUACCACAAUAAGGAGUUGCCCCACGAUGUGCUGGACUUCCUGAAGGUACGGCGGUGCCAGCAGGACCCCAAGGCCAGCAGCCCCUUCAGACUCCUGCCUUCCCAGCGCCCUGUCAUCAGCUUCUGCUCCGAUCCGUACGUGGGGCCAUGCGACACUGACCUGCUCCCCAACACAGUCCUCACCGGGGUCCUGCAGGGCCUUUACCUCCCCCUGAGCUGCAACCCCUGCCAGGCAGUGCCUUGAGCCCCUGGAAUGCCAGGCUCCUGGGCACCCACACAUCUCCCAGGGCUGCAGUGGUGAGGAAAGGAAUCCUGUGGUGAAAAAGACUCCUUCACACUGGACUGGGGAAGGAAAACGGUGGGAGAACCCAAGGGGACAGUGGGAGCCACAACUGCACUCCCACCACCAUCCAAAGUGCCUUGUCUGGGAGAGUAGGAGCUAUGCUUUCUCCCUAAUGUUUUGGGGUUGUGGUUGCAGCCUUUGGAUGCUGAACUGUGCUGGAAAACCCCUCUGCAUCUGGGCUUUGGUGCAAUAAAUCUCUUGGAUUUCAUUGCCUGGUAAA